AUGAAGCUGGACGUCAAUGUGCUGCGGUACCUGAGCAAGGAAGAGUUUCGGGUCCUCACGGCAGUAGAGAUGGGACAGAAGAACCAUGAGCUGGUGCCGGCCCCCCUGGUGGACAGCAUCUCCGGCCUCAAGCACGGUGGCGCGUUCCGCUGCCUCAAGACCCUGCUGCGCCACAAGCUGGUCCACCACGAGGCCCAGAAGUACGACGGCUACCGCCUCACAACCCUGGGCUACGACUUCCUGGCCAUACGCACGCUGGCGGCGCGCGGCCACGUCGUCAGCGUGGGGCGCCAGAUCGGGGUCGGAAAGGAGUCGGACAUAUUCGAGGUGCUGUCGGAAGAUGGGGAGAUCCUGGCCCUCAAGCUGCACCGCCUCGGCCGCACCUCGUUCCGCGCGGUGAAGUCGAAGCGCGACUACCUCGGGAAGCGCAACUCCUUCAGCUGGCUCUACCUCUCGCGCCUGGCGGCCCUCAAGGCCUGA